AUGGACGAAAACUACGACGUUAUUGUAUUAGGAACCGGAUUGACCGAAUGUAUCUUAUCGGGACUUUUAUCCGUUGAGGGAAAGAAGGUGUUGCAUAUUGAUAGACAAGAUUUUUAUGGGGGUGAGUCGGCUUCACUAAACUUGGCACAAUUGUAUGGCAAAUUCAAGCCAACUGCCCAAAGACCCGAGUUGAAAGGUAGAGAUAGAGACUGGUGUGUUGACUUGAUUCCAAAAUUUCUCAUGGCAAAUGGUGAAUUGACCAAUAUAUUGGUCCACACUGAGGUAACAAGGUAUAUCGAAUUUAAACAAAUUGCAGCAAGUUAUGUUUACAGAAGCGGAAGAAUUGCCAAAGUUCCGUCCAAUGCCAAGGAGGCCUUGGCUUCACCAUUGAUGGGAAUUUUUGAAAAGAGAAGAAUGAGGAAAUUUUUGGAGUACAUUCAAAAUUAUGAUGAGCAGAAUCCAUCUACUCACCAAGGUUUCGACUUGGAUAAAAACACCAUGAAUGAGAUUUACAGCUAUUUUGGAUUGGAGAGUGGUACCAAAGAUUUCAUUGGACAUGCAAUGGCACUUUGGUCAAAUGAUGAUUAUUUGAAUGAGGUUGCUAGGCCAACUUAUGAGAGGAUUUUAUUGUAUGCACAGUCUGUUGCCAAGUACGGGAAAUCACCUUACAUAUACCCAUUGUAUGGAUUGGGCGAAUUGCCUCAGGGGUUUGCAAGGUUAUCAGCCAUCUACGGGGGAACUUAUAUGCUAGAUACACCAAUUGAUGAAGUGUUGUAUGAAGGCGAGGGCGACGACAAAAAAUUUGCCGGUGUCGUUACAAAAGAAGGUACAGCCAAGGCCCCUAUCGUUGUUGCUGACCCUACUUAUUUCCCAGAAUAUGUAAAGAAAACCGGACAAAAAGUGAUUCGGGCUAUUUGUUUGUUGGACCACUCAGUUCCGGGAGUCGAUUUGGACUCUUUGCAAAUCAUCAUCCCGCAGAAUCAAGUUGGCAGGAAAAAUGACAUUUACAUUGCUGUGUUGUCUGAUGUCCACAACGUUGUUCCAAAGGGUCAUUUUCUUGCUAUCGUCUCGACGAUAAUUGAAACUGAUGCACCACAUGUCGAAUUGGAGCCUGCAUUCAAAUUGUUGGGCCCAAGGUUGGACACAUUGAUGGGCAUUGCUGAGUUGUACGAACCAAAGGAUGAUGGAACAAAGAAUGGUAUAUACUUGUCAAAGAGUUACGACGCCAGUUCCCACUUUGAAUCUACUACUGAUGAUGUCAAGGACAUCUACUUCAGAAUCACAGGAAAGCCAUUGGUUUUGAAAAAGAGGGAGUCUGAAGAAGAUGAAUCGAAUGUGAUUCCAUAA